GUGAACAACUUUCACUCAAGCCCUCGGCUAUAAAUUGUCUCCCACACUUUGAUGCUCGAGCUUUCUUACAAUAAAACAAACUACAGUUCCAACAGCUUAGCUGUUGAUCUGUACCUCGUCUUCUGCUGUCCUUUUCUCUUCCUACUAGAUUCGUACCAGAGAAUCUCAAUCAAUCCAUUGAAUCCACCAAACCAACAAUGACAUCGCUAUCAGAUAGUUUUCCUUCCCCAAACAAUUCCAUGGAGAUUGUUAAUGGAACUAUUGAUGAAUUCAUAGACAAUUUGCAAUUAACUUGGGCAAUCAACGCUGCAGAGGGAGUUGUAGAACUCAAGCCUGGUUCUCUGCUCUGCCGAGAGAUAGAGCUCGCACUUCUACGUGUCAUCGACCAAACCGUCUCUCCAGAAAAUAUCUAUAUUCGAAUCGGCAAUGAAUUAAAGCAUUUUGAUCGACCUGCGGACCGCGCAGCAAAUCCUCUUUUUCACAGUAUCUUGCUCUGUUGCUAUCAAUUGAUGCAAGGAUGGGCUGAUGAAAGAUGGUUUGAGUAUCUUCCAACGAUUGAACAGAGUUUGCGGGAUGCACUUCAUAUGGAUGCGCGAAGACGUGCUGGUGUUGUUGGAAUCUCGGCUCCGAGGGAUCUCGAACUAUAUCGAAGUCUGGAAAACGCAAUGUAUGCCGAUCAUCGUUUGAGAAUGCGUGUUGAUACCCAAGUCAAUAUAUUAGAGGGGGUUAUUGCGAAAAUGAAAGCUGCGGAGAGCAGUCAUGGCCACGAUAAUAAAUUUGAGAUGGAGAAUCGGGAAGAAUGAUGAAAUCUAAUGUCACUCAGAUAUUAUCAUACUGGUAUAAGAUCUUGAAAAGGAUUUUAAACCUUCAGUCUAGUCUGGAUCUUAAAUUAGCUCUUUUGCGGUUUACAAAAUGAAAACACAUGCUCAUGGACAUUAUUGCAUGUCUCUUAACAAUAUUUUUAUCGAAAAUCA